AUGAGAUAUGGCGCAAGAGUGGUACAAAUACUAAUAUUGCCAGAAGCGGCUCAUGCUAUGGUAAAUAAAGAAGGAAAACAAUUAAGUUUAUUAGCAGCAAUUUUAAGAGGAAAAAGAUAUGAUAAACGAUGUUAUAAGACAAUUGAUAUUCAUGACAAAACAGGAGUCCCUCGUACUCAUCAAGAUAAAAGUGAAGUCAAGAGAAUGCAAAUAUCAAUAAAGCGCAAAGAAUCUCAUACUCGAAAAUACACAAAGAAAAGACAAGAAGAUUCUGCAUCAGAAAAUGAGGAAACAAUAUUAUCUAAGACUGAUCAUGGAAAGAUGCUUGAAUUAGAUAUUGAAGAGAGAAAGAUGAGGUUGAGGGAGCGUGAAAUUAAAGCAAGAACAGCUGAAGCAGAAGCACGACUUAUAGAAGCUAAAGCUGAAGAAUUGGAAUUAGAAAAUCAGAGAAAAAAAUAUGAUAAUGAAAUGAGUAGUUUUUUCUUUUCAAUUUAUAUUUGUAGCUUUGCGAUAAAAUAA